AGCAAAAUUCAUGUGACUAGUCACAUGACGUCAUGUCUAGAAGUAGCCGUGGAGCGUUGUUUCAGUUUACUGACUGGUUGGGGUGGCAGUAGGUCGGCUGUACAAGCCGCACAGGGCGUUAAUCCUAACUUUUUUCAUCUCAUCUACCAACAAAAUAGCUGCAGGCAACAUGUGGCGUGCGGCCCUCCUUUUAUUGGCUGCUAGCUUGUCACUGAGCUCGGCUAAACCUCACAUCCACCCGUUAUCCACAGAGAUGGUCGACUUUAUCAACAAGAUAAACACUACCUGGAAGGCCACUCACAACUUUCAUAAUGUUGACUACAGUUAUGUUAAGACCCUGUGCGGAACCUUUCUUAUGGGACCCAAACUUCCUGUCAUGGUUCAGUAUGGUGGCGACGUGACACUGCCGAAAAACUUUGAUUCCAGGGAGCAGUGGCCCAACUGCCCCACAUUGAAGGAGAUUAGAGACCAGGGCUCCUGUGGUUCCUGUUGGGCAUUUGGUGCGGCAGAGGCCAUAUCCGACCGUGUGUGCAUCCAUAGUAAUGCCAAGGUCAGCGUCGAGAUCUCGGCCCAGGAUUUGCUGACCUGCUGCGAUAGUUGUGGCAUGGGAUGUAACGGUGGCUACCCUUCAUCAGCCUGGGACUUCUGGACCACUAACGGGCUGGUUUCCGGCGGCCUCUAUAACUCCCACAUUGGUUGCCAACCCUACACUAUCGCACCCUGUGAGCACCACGUGAACGGUAGCCGACCUCCUUGCACAGGGGAGGGCGGAGACACGCCCAAAUGUGUCAACAUUUGUGAACCCGGGUACUCGCCCAGCUACAUGCAGGACAAGCAUUAUGGUAAAACGUCUUACAGCGUUAUGUCAGAUGAAGAGCAGAUUCAGUUGGAGAUUUACAAGAACGGACCAGUAGAGGGCGCCUUCAGGGUCUAUGCAGACUUUGUUCUCUACAAAUCUGGUGUGUAUCAGCACGUGUCUGGGUCAAUGCUGGGUGGACAUGCCAUCAAGAUACUUGGCUGGGGUGAAGAGGAUGGUGUCCCUUACUGGCUCUGUGCCAACUCCUGGAAUACUGACUGGGGUGAUAAUGGAUUCUUUAAAAUCUUGCGCGGGUCAAACCACUGUGGCAUUGAGUCUGAAGUUGUGGCUGGUGUUCCCAUGUAGAAGCAAAGAUUUUUGAGUGUCCACUUUCAGUCUCACUUGAGGACGACACUCCACUUGCUUGCACUGAAAUGCCCAGUUACAAAAUUUUUAGUCACGUUUAAACUGCACAAUUCUUUUUAAUAGCAGCAAUUGAAGAUAGAUUAAUGACAGGUUGUAUUGCUGGUUUGAUUUUUACAAUGUUGCAACCACUGUAUGUGCCUGAACACAAUGUGUUCUUGUUUUCUCUUAGAAAUGAUUUUUUUGCAUGGGUUUGACUGUCAAAAAUGUACAUUUUACUUUCUUCAGCGCUGAAUUUGCCAGCAUGCUGUAAGUGACAUACUGUACACAUUUGAUAGGCUAACCCAUUAUCCUGAACACGUCGAUUGUUUUAUCAUUACAGCUUUUAUAUUGAUAUUUUACUGCCAAACCAUUGGGUUAACUCAUUAUAAGUGCUUUUAAAUGUCAUAAAAUAAGAAUCAGGAAUUCUUUUUUAUGGUUUGAAUGUUUAUGUCUUUCAAAUUUGCCUGCAGUGAACAAAAUCGUGGCAUAUAGGUGUUAACGCUCUCAAUUAAAUUUUGAGUUUGGUUCUCAUUGU